GAGUCUCCGGGAGCGCGCCUGGCAAGUAAAGCGGCAGAGAAGCUAAACAGGUGGUCAGCUAACAAUGUCGUCCUGCGGCGGGAGGCGGAAAGACGCUCGGACGGUGGAAUAGCGGUAAUCGAACCCCCGCCAUCCCUCGCCACACGCACCCUCAUGCUACUUGUGGCCCGCUGGUGGGGUCUUCGCGGUCUUCCCUGCGCCUGUGGACUCGCUACAGUGGACGGGACGGUCGGACGUGCGCGCCAUGAAAGUCACGGUGUGUUUUGGCCGGACGCGCGUGGUCGUGCCGUGCGGGGACGGCAGCAUCCGAGUGCGCGCGCUCGUGCAGCAGGCUGUCAUGAGGUACAAGAAGGCCAUCGCCAAGGAUGCGAGCUACUGGCUACAGGUGCACCGCUUGGAGCACGGCGACGGCGGCAUCCUGGACCUCGAUGACGUGCUCUGCGACGUGGCUGACGACAAGGACCGGUUGAUCGCCAUCUACGACGAACAGGAACCCCACCAUGGCGGCGACGGCACCAGCGCCAGCUCCACUGGCACACAGAGCCCUGACUUGUUCGCCGUCGACCUCAGCGCCGGCAGUGGAGCGUCGGCCUUCCAGCCCUACCAGGCAGCCAGCGAGAUUGAAGUCACGCCAUCCGCCCUGCGCACCAACAUGCCAUUGCACGUACGUCGCAGCAGCGACCCAGCCUUGUUGAGAAUCAACGAGCCGUUCGCCGGCAGUGAGUCGCUGGUCCAAGCACAAGAGCCUCCGUCGAGGAAGAACCCGACACGAUGGUCCACCACUGCUGGUUUCUUAAAAGCUCGCCACUCGUCAGGCUCCAGUAGCCUGGAGAGGAAGGCUAAAGCUUUGGACUCGUACCGCAGUCUGCCACGCGAUGCUAGCGCCUGGGCCAAUCAGAGAGACUUCCACAGGGAAACGGCCCGCUCGUCUCUCAGCACCAAUCACCCUAUGGUGGAUCGCUGGCUGGAGAGACAAGAGCAGGAGGAGGAAACGACAGAGCAGCAGGAAAAUGGACGAAUUGAGCCGGCGGGCCGCGCCGACUCCUGCAUGGAACACACCGCCAUCAGGUCUCUAGAAGACAUAGUCAAAGUGGUGGAGGUGACAAACGAUGGCGGGCCCCUGGGAAUCCACGUGGUGCCUUUCAGUGGCAGGGACCGCAGGACUCUUGGCUUGUUGGUCAAGCGUCUGGAGCAUGGAGGCAAGGCCCAGCAGCAAGUCCUUUUCCAAGAGAGCGACUGUAUCGUCAGAAUCAAUAAUGGAGACCUGAGAAACAUCCGCUUUGAACAAGCCCAGAACAUGUUCCGUCAGGCCAUGCGCUCGCCGGUUAUCAUGUUCCACGUGGUUCCUUCCUCCAUGAAGGCCCAUUACGAGCAUCUGUCCCACGCCGAGAGGAACCCCGCGUAUUCCUCGGGCCGCUUCAGUCCAGACUCCAUAUCCGGCGGCACCGGGGCGGGCAUGGAUCACGCCGCCCCGCACAGGAUGUCCCGACACGGCUCCCAAACAAACCCGCACUCUCAUCCUCAUCCGGACCAGACCGAUGGCUACCCGCCCUCAAAUCAUCCGACCGUUUUUGCCGCCAAACCUCCCACGGGUCAGAUCCACUCGCCUCAGAGGAACUCCACGCCGACCCCUAGUGGAUACAGCAAAAAACUGGGGAGGAGGCUUAACAUUCUGCUGAAUAAAGGACCGGAAGGACUCGGCUUUAGCAUCACUUCACGAGACGUCCCCAUCGGCGGCUCGGCGCCCAUCUACGUGAAGAACAUUUUACCACGGGGAGCUGCGAUUCAAGAUGGCCGCCUCAAGGCUGGGGACAGGUUACUGGAGGUGAAUGGAGUGGACCUGAAUGGGCGGACCCAGGAGGAGGUGGUGUCAAUCCUCAGGGCCACGCCCAUGGGGGGCUCAGUGGGGAUGCUGGUCCUUCGCCAGGAAGAUACGUUCCUCCUUCGAGAAGUGGCGGACGAGGCCCAGACGCCGAUGCAAAGCCCCAGAGUUUUGAAGACGGAAGAAGACGAGUUGGUGCUAACUCCGGACGGCAGCAGGGAGAUCCUGACCUUGGAGAUCCCUCUCAGCGACUCGGGCUCGGCGGGUUUGGGCGUCAGCGUGAAGGGCAAUCGCUCCAAGGAGAACCACGCCGACCUCGGCAUCUUCAUCAAGUCCAUCAUUAACGGAGGGGCGGCCUGCAAGGACGGGCGGCUGCGAGUCAACGACCAGCUGAUUGCUGUCAACGGGGAGUCGCUCUUGGCUAAAACCAACCAGGACGCAAUGGAGACGCUGAGGAAGUCCAUGUCCACGGAAGGCAACAAGCGCGGAAUGAUCCAGCUCAUUGUGGCACGCCGAAUCAAAAGAAGCGAGGAGGCACCGGGGGGGCCGCUAGUACAUCAGCAGAUCACCAACACGUCUAUGGACGAACAUGAACGCCGCAUCUCCCACUCCCUCUACGGCGCUCUGGAAGACCUGGAUGACAACUUGAUGCCUCGACAAGGCAUGAUGCCUCGCACAGUAGGUAACUACCAGCUGUCUCCGACGGUCAACAUGCCACAGGAUGACACCAUCAUAAUCGAAGAUGACCGGCCGCCGCUACUCCCGCCCCAUCUGUCCGACCAGUCGUCUUCCAGCUCCCACGAUGAUGUUGGCUUUAACGCUGACGCGACACUGCCGUGGGCCAAAGAUCUUCCCGCUCCCAAUGAAAGCUCCCAGAUCCCUGAUGGGAGCAAUGCUGACGCCGCCUUCCUGCGCGAAGGUUUCGGACGCCAGAGCAUGUCGGAGAAGCGGACCAAGCAGUUUGGGGACGCGUCCCAGCUCGAGAUCAUCAAGACGCGCAAGUCCAAGAGCAUGGACUUAGUAGCCGACGAGAUUAACCUCAGCCCUCGUCCUGACCCCAGCACAGGUUCCUCCACGAAGGACCUGGGUCCGUCUCUGGGCUUAAAGAAGUCCAGUUCUCUCGAGAGCCUCCAGACGGCCGUGGCCGAGGUCACCCUCAACGGGGAUCUUCCCUUCCACAGGCCUCGUCCUCGCAUCAUCAGGGGGCGGGGCUGCAACGAGAGCUUCAGGGCGGCCAUCGACAAGUCGUACGACCGGCCGGCGCCCACCGAGGAGGACGACGAGGGCAUGGAGACAUCCGAGCUGUCGCCGCCAUCAGAACACAGCAAGCCCGUCAGGGUGGUCCCCCAGCGAGGACCGCGGUCACCAUUGGAAGAAGACACGGAGGAGAGCUCACGCUCAGGUCGAGACUCCGUGUCGACGGUGGCCGACCAGACGCCGCCCUUGGUCCCGGAGAAGCCUCUAGUCAACGGGACCAACCAACCCAAAGAGGAGAGGAAAAAGGACAAAGGUGGCAAGGAGAAAAAGAAGGGGGAGACAGCGAGGGACAAAGACAAGGGCAAAGCAAAGAAGGGAAUGCUGAAAGGACUGGGGGACAUGUUCAGGUUUGGAAAGCACCGCAAAGAUGAGCGUCCGGGGGACAGGAUGGACCGUAAAGGGUCCAACAAGUGGCGGUCAGAGGAGACGCACGUUUCCGACGAAGAGACGCUGAAAAUGAGGAUGGAGCAGGAGAGGAUCCAGGCCAAGACCCGUGAGCUUAGGGAGCGGCAGGCUCGGGAACGGGAUUACGCCGAGAUUCUAGACGUGAGCCGCUCUCCAGAGAGGUCUUCCGAGGAGGAGCACCCGUACGCCGGCAUCAGCCCACUUAACGACGGGCACAGCCGCCCCCAAACCCCCCGCGACAACUACCCUCGCGUCCAUCACCAGCACCAGCACUCGGACUCCCUGUACACCCAAGUCAGCAAGGCCCGCAUGGAGCGCCCCCCCUCUGCGGACAGUAACCGGCUCGCCCCGAGCAACCACGACCGAAUACAGAGGCUGAGGCAGGAGUUCCAGCAGGCGCAGACCGUUCCGGACGACGCGGACGACCGGCGCCGCACGUUCAGCUUCGAGCAGCCUUGGUCGAACGUGAGCGGUCAGAACGGUCAGAGUCAGCCCGGCCGUCACUCGGUGUCCGUGGAGGUCCAGAUGCAGCGUCAGAGACAAGAAGACUCCUUCGCUCAGGCUCAGCGUCAGUACAGUUCACUGCCACGGCAACCCAGGAAGAAUCCUAGCUCCAUCUCUCAGGACUCCUGGGAGAAGACGUACCCUCCAGGUGAGACCUUCCAGACGGCCAAGGACAAUCCCAGGUACUCCAGCUAUCAAGGAUCCAGGAACGGCUUCCCGAGCGGCGGAGUUGGCGGCGUGGUGAACGCCAGAGUCCUCCUGGAAGCUCAGGAGCUGCUGAGGCAGGAGCAGCGGCGCAGAGACCAGGAGGCAAAAGGAAAACUGGCCCAGGAGAGCGCGGCUAACUACGAGGCCUUUGGCAAGGAGCCCGCCUCCCCUAAGGGGCCGUACCGCCACGAUGUGCCGCCUUCGCCCUCGCAGCUGGCCAGACUCAACAGGCUGGGCUCGGAGAAAGGAAGACUUUUUUAUUCCUGAGGACUUCUCUUCAAAGUCUGCGGACGCCGUCUUGCUUCUCUGACGAUCGCAUGAGCGACACGGUGGCGUCUCCGGUGUGACAAAGUCGCACGCUUUCUGUUGCCAUGAAGGUUUAUAUAUUUUCGUUUCGUACUAAUAGAAACACAGCCUGCGUAUCCACUUCCUGCUCCUCCUUUCAAAAUAAGUGCCCCCUCUUCAGAGAAAAAGUAUGUUGCUAAUGAAAUAAAACAAGCACCUCCCCCUUCAUGAAUACUUCAUGGGGUGUUGUCUCAGUGGAUGAAACGACACUGAUCGGCUGCCUGACAACUCCCCCUGCUCCACUCUGAGCUCGACUCGCUGGCCUGCAGCUCUGAGCUCCUUCUUGUUGUGUUCAUUAGCGGCCUGCUGGCUUCCUACCCCCUCUCGCUGAAUUUUUCAUGGCGAGCCACCUGCCGCCUGCCCUACAACCAGAAGACGAAAUGACAAACGUUUACUCCAAAGUCCAUCCAUCCAUCCAUUUUUCUACCGCUUAUUUUACCUAUCUCAGCUACAAUCGGGCGGAAGGCGGGGUACACCCUGGACAAGUCACCACCUCAUCGCAGUACUCCAAAGUCUCUUUUUUUAAAGGCCUACUGAAAUGCCAUCCAUCCAUUUUCUACUGCUUAUUCCCUUUUUGGGGUUGCAGGGGUGCUGGCGCCUAUCUCAGCUACAAUCGGGCGGAAGGCGUCUUACACCCUGGACAAGUCACCACCUCAUCGCAGGGCCAACACAGAUAGACAGACAACAUUCACACUCACAUUCACACACUAGGGACAAUUUAGCGUUGCCAAUCAACCUAUCCCCAGGUGCAUGUUUUUGGAAGUGGGAGGAAGGAGGGAACCCACGUAGUCAUGGGGAGAACAUGCAAACUCCACACAGAAAGAUCCCGAGCCUGGGAUUGAACUCAGGACUACUCAGGACUUUUGUAUUGUGAGGCAGACGCGCUAACCCCUCUUCCACCGUGAAGCUCCUACUGAAAUAAGAUGUUCUUUUUUAAAAGGGAAUAGCAGGUCCAUUCUAUGUGUCAUACUUGAUCAUUUCGCGAUAUUGCCAUAUUUUUGCUGAAAGGAUUUAGUAGAGAACAUCGACGAUAAAGUUUGCAACUUUUGGUCGCUAAUAGAAAAGCCCUGCCUGUACCGGAAGUAUGUGCGCGUGACGUCACGGGUUGCAGGGCUCCACACAUAUUCACAUUGUUUAUAAUGUGAGCCACUAGCAGUAAGAGCAAUUCGGACCGAGAAGGCGACAAUUUCCCCAUUAAUUUGAGCGAGGGUGAAAUGAAUUAGGAUAUUGAUAGUGAAGGAAUAGAAAAAAAAGCGACGGCAGUAUGAGCAUUUCAGAUGUAAUUAGACACAUUUACUAGGAUAAUUCUGGAAAAUCCUUUAUCGGCUUAUUGUUUUAAUAGUGUUUUAGUGAGAUUUUAAAGAUUGUAAAGGCAUACCUCGAGGUCGGAUGGCUGCGGUGAACACGAAGUGUCUCAGAGAGAAGCCGAGGAGCCAAGCUCACAGCCGCCUUUUAAACAGCUGCUGCAAAACGACAAAUAAUCCAAUGAUUUCUCCGGUUAGAUAUAUAUCACAAUUUCCCCAUCCAAAAACAUGCUGGUUGACGUAGAGAAAACAUGUUCGCUUGACCGCUCUGCUUUCACAACAAACAAAGAAACACCGGCUGUGUCUCGGUGCUAAAGACAGCUGCAGUCCACCGCUUUCCACCAACAGCAUUGUUCUUUAUGGUCUCCAUUAUUAAAUGAACAAAUUGCAAAAUAUUCAGCAACACAGAUGUCCAAAAUACUGUGUAAUCAUGCGAAUGGAGCAGCUGCUAAUAUUUCCUGACAGUCAGUGACGUCACGCGUACGCGUCAUCAUUCCGCCACGUUUUCAACAAGAAACUCGCGGGAAAUUUAAAAUUGCAAUUUAGUAAACUAAAAAGGCCGUAUUGGCAUGUGUUGUAAUGUUAAUAUUUCAUCAUUGAUAUAUAAACUAUCAGACUGCGUGGUCUGUAGUUGUGGGUUUCAGUAGGCCUUUAAAUUCCCUUUUUCCAAAGAUCCCUCACCUUUUUUUUAAACGUCUUUGUAAACGUAAACGCAGUAAAUCUACCCUUCAAGGUGCCUGUUAGCGUGCUAGCUAGCUCAUUAGCAUCAUUGUGACAAAUGCUAAACAUCCAUCUACUUCAGCUUAUCCGAGGUCGGGUCGCGGGCGCAGCAGCCUAAGCACGGAAGCCCAGGCUUUCCUCUCCCCAGCUACUUCAUCCAGCUCUUCCUGGGCGUUCCCAGGCCAGCCGUGGGACAUAACCUUCCCAACGUGUCCUGGGUCUUCCCCGUGGGCUGUUACCAGUCGGAUGUGUCCUAAACACCUCCCUAGGGAGGCGUUCGGGUGGCAUCCUGACCAGAUGCCCGAACCACCUCAUCUGGCUCCUCUCGAUGUGGAGGAGCAGCGGCUUUACUUUGAGUUCCUCCCAGAUGGCGGAGCUUCUCACCCUAUCUCUAAGGGAGAGCCCCGCCACACGGCGGAGGAAACUCAUUUCGGCCGCUUGUACCCGUGAUCUUAUCCUUUCGGUCAUGACCCAAAGCUCAUGACCAUAGGUGAGGAUGGGAACGUAGAUCAACCGGUAAGUUGAGAGCUUUGCCUUCCGGCUCAUUAGCAUCAUUGCGACGAAUACUAAACAUCCAUCGAUCCAUAUUCUUCUGCUUAUCUGAGGUUGGGUCACGAUGGCAGCAGCCUAAGCACGCAGGACCAGACUUCCCUCUCCCCAGUCACUUCGUCCAGCUCUUCCCGGGGGAUCCCGAGGCGUUCCAAGGCCAGCCGUGAGACAUAACCUUCCCAACGUGUCCUGAGUCUUCCACGUGGCCUGUUCCUAGUCGGAUGUGUCCUAAACACCUCCCUAGGGAGGUGUCCGGGUGGCAUCCUGACCAGAUGCCCGAACCACCUCAUCUGGGUCCUCUCGUUGUGGAGGAGCAGCGGUUUUACUUUGAGUUCCUCCCGGAUGGCAGAACUUCUCACCCUAUUUCUAAAGGACAGACCUGCCACCCAGCGGAGGAAACUAAUUUCGGCCGCUUGUACCCGUGAUCUUAUCCUUUCGGUCAUAACCCAAAGCUCAUGACCACAGGUGAGGAUGGGAACGUAGAUCAACCGGUAAAUUGAGAGCUUUGCCUUCCGGCUCAGCUCCUUCUUCACUUCAACGGAUUGACACAGGCUCCGCAUUACUGAAGACGCUGCACCGAUCCGCCUGUCGAUCUUACUAUUCACUCUUCCCUCACUCGUGAACAAGACUCCUAGGUACUUGAACUCCUCCACUUGGGGCAGGGUCUCCUCCCCAAACUUGGAGAUGGCACUCCACCCUUUUCUGGGUGAGAACCAUGGACUCGGACUUGGAGGUGCCAAUUCUCAUCCCGGUGACUUCACACUCGGCUGUAAACCGAUCCAGUGAGAGCUAAAGAUCCUGGCCAGAUGAAGCCAUCGGGACUACAUGAGCUACCAGGAAUUGAUUAACGUGGACCCUGACUUAAACGAGUUGAAAAACGUAUUACCAUUUAGUGGUCAAUUGUACGGAAUAUGUACUAUAAUAUGCAAUCUACUAAUAAAAGUCUCAAUCAAUCAAUCUGCAAAAAGCAGAGACCUAAUCCUGCAGCCACCAAACCGGAUCCCCUCGACGCCUUGACUGCGCCUAGAAAUUCUGUCCAUAAAAGUUAUGAACAGAAUUGGGGACUAAGGGCAGCCCUGGCGGAGUCCAACCCUCACUGGGAACGCUAAACAUCAAAAUACAUAAUUAAAAACUGAACAUUAUAUUUUGUUUGGUGACUCACAAUACGAAGGUCCUGGGUAGUCCCGGGUUCAAUCCCGGGCUCGGGAUCUUUCUGUGUGGAGUUUGCAUGUUCACCCCGUGACUGCGUUGGUUCCCUCCGGGUACUUCCUGCGAUGAGGUGGCGACUUGUCCAGGGUGUACCCCGACCUCCGCCUGAUCGUAGCUAAGAUAGGCACCAGCGCCCAAAGGGAAUAAGCGGUAGAAAAAAUGGAUGGAUGGAUGGAAUACAGCAAAUUAUGUUAUAUAAUUGAUUUUUGUUUUUUGAAAGUCACAAAUUGUGCUUGGCCAGUCAAUAAAAAACAAAACAAUCGAUUUAAUUUGACCCCAAUUAGCAUAUCAACCCCGCUAUCAUUCCAGUAAAGUGUCAUUUUGUUCCGGAUUUCCUUCACUGCUGCUAAAAGCUAAGCUAGGCUAAGCUACAUAAUAUGAAUGGAGGGAUGAAAGAGGAUAUGAUGUCAUCCAAGGUCAUUUGUCAGAGACGUGACAUCAAAGAGUUAUUUUCAAAUCUAAAUGUUCUAAACGUGUGAGCUUUGCCCGCGGUGGAAGCUAACAAGUUAGCUCAAACUCCUCUGCUUUCAAUUUGACUUUUUUUCUCUCUCGCUGAGAAACACAAACACGUUCUACUUGCCACCGCAGUUUUCUAAUGGAUUUCACAAGGAAAAGUGUUUUGAUAACAUACUUUUGAAAUCAGCCAUCUUUCUUCUUAAAUAUCCUGUUUGUCGUAAAAGACUUUAACGUUACUAAGUGCCUGACACGAUGAUGAUGAUGAUGAUGUCUUUCACACACGGGGAAGGAUUGUAAUGUUUUUUUAACACAAUGUUGAAAUGUUUUAAUGAAGUCCUGGUACUCCUUCCUCAAGCUUUUAUUAUUUUUAUUUUUAUGUUUUGGUCAGCGGCCAUCUUGGACAGUUGCCUUUAGACAUGUUUACUUUUGAUAGACCAGAAAGUGAAAGCUGAUGUGCAAUUGUUGUUUUUGUCAUUAUUAACAUGCUGAGACAUGUGUAUAUAUCAAGUGUAGAAUAAAAAGGACUUCCUGUUUA